UAAGAGAUAGAUCGAAUUGAUUAAAUUUAAAAUACCUACUGAACAUUUACAAAUUACAAUUUACUGACAAAAAUAAUAAUCUAUGAUCGUCUGUAGACUGUAAUAAUAAUAUAACCCAACUGAUUGUUAUUGUCCACGCCGUAGUUAUACGACUAAUAUAAUUGCAUCUAUAUAUUAAUAUUUUAUCACUAGAUGCGUAAAUGUCAUAUGUGUAUUGAUAUGAAAUCUCGAAUCAAAUAGUAUUUGAAAUCGAAAAAAUUAAAAACUUCUAUUUUAGUUUUUUUAUCGACUUAUUAGCGGAUUUUUUGCAUUUGAACUUUAUACGUACCUAUAUCGGGCUUUAUGAACUACAAUUCAGCGAUAGUCCAUACAGCUAUUAAUUAUUAUAUUAUAAUGUAGAUUAUUUAUUAGGUACCUGCUUAAGUUACACUUUAAUUUUAUUGAUUUUAAAUUUGUUUCUAUGUUGUGCAGUACGGAAGGUCUCUAUAAAGAAUAUGUGAGAAUUUAUACCUUAAUGUUUGCAGCUUAAAUAAAACUAAUUACUGUUUAUUAUGCUCAUCAUUAAUAUACGUUCAAAAUGUAAGCUGUGGUUUCCUGUCCAAUUAUAGGGCUUUUAAAAUAUAUUUGCACCGAAUAGAAAUUUUACUUUUAGCAUCUAAAUAGAUAAUUUAUUCAAACAUAAUUCCGAAACAAUAUUAUAAAAUGGUUUUUUUAAAGUGAAUAUUUUGUCUAAUAUUUGUUUGAAGUUUGGUGCGUAAAUUGACUUGAUUAUUAAGUAUUGUUUAAAAUUGGUUCUACGUAAGUAUGAAAAAUUAACUGCUUUAACCAGCUAUUACAGAGCGAAUCUAAGGGAAUAUGUAAAUUACAUAUUAUGCUUUCAUUAACCGACCUUUCUAGCAAAAAGUUUUAAGGCAAACUAAAAUAUACAGAGAAGUUCUUGAUCAGUUGUUCUUGUGGCUUCGAACUAAGAGGUUCCCAAUCUAAAUAUUUUAAUAAUUUAAGUGAAUUUAAGUGAAUAACUGUGAAGGAUUGUGAUACCUAACAAAAGUCAUGACAUGACCUUUUUCAUAAUUCAGUUCAAAUCAAGACGAUUCGUGGAAGAGAACUAAUGACUUCUACUGUAGUGCUUAAUUUGUAUAUGUCAUACCAUCGGAACAUCGUGUGCCUACUACAAUGAUCUAAUUUGGUAAACACUAAUGUGUAAUAUAUAGGUGAUUUUGAGAAGUACUGGGAAUUUUUUUCCACCAAAAAAGUUGCUAAAGUAGAAAAUCGAAUCAUUUUUACUGCUCUAAAAGAGUUGUUCCAAAUGCCUUCUUGAGUGUCACCACGUUGCCCGAUUUUUCAUUUUUUUUUGUUUGAGUGCAAGGAGAAGGGAAUCUACAUAUUAAAUACCUAAAAUCCAAAUAGCACUGACUCGAUCAUUGCUGUAUCUCAAAAACUAUACAAUAUACGAACUUGAAAUUUGGAAUAGUGGUUCUUCGAAUACUUUUACCGUGCAAUAAGAGAGGAUUUGCCAAAAUUCGCGUUUAAAAGAGGUGCACAAACAGGGACAUUGAAGUUUACAUUGGAAAUGUUAUUUUUAUUUAUUAAUAGUUCCCAUUGUUUACAGUCAAUAAUAGAAAUUAGUGUUUAUUUAUUAUCGGUUACCAUUGGUUAUUUGUGCAGUCCGGUACAAGCUUGCAUAAAAUCGAAUUAUUGAACAUUGCCUACCAAGGUGAUUGGUGAAAGAGUUGCCCUUUGUCCGCGAUCCGACGUAGUCGGAUUGCCUACCAGGGUGGCUUAGUUGCACUUACUGCAGGCUGCAGCAAGUUACACCCAAAAGUAGUUGAACAAUCAUAAUUUUUUUAAGAUUGGAAACGUAAGCUCGUUAUUGUGUUAGAGUUUGUUAUUAGUUUAUUGCGUAUAAUAUAGUAUACAGACUAGAUCAUUAGAUCAUUUUACUACAAAAUGAAAUAAAAGAUGAAUUUCGAUUGAAAAUUAUAUUUUUAGUUAAUCAUCUAACCACUUCAAAAGCAGAUAUUUUCGUUUAUCCAUGGAAUUCAUGGACAGUCCAAAGUCUGUUAAAAUAGGAUGAAUGAUAAAUUAAUACUUCCGAAACGCAUCACAUGAUGUUAAAAAGGUCACCUAAACACAUUGCAAUUUGUACAAAUUCGUCUAUACGCAAACCACCCGUUAUGUUGUUAUGAGUCACAUUAUUUUUGGGCAAUGUUAAUCGAUUUUUCACCUCUCUGGUUUUAGGUAAGUGAUGAAUACUUUUGAUUAAAUAAAUAAAUCAUUAUUAGGAUUAUAUUUAUUUGGUAUAGUAUUUUUUGAUUAGAAUAUCUUCUAAGGUUCUAACCUUUCAACCAUGCUUGUUUGAAUAUGUUCAGAUGUGUAAUUUAGAUCCUAGACCGAAAUUUCGUCGAUAAAGAUUAUUCUAUUCAUUGUAUGUAAUAAAAUGUUAUUCAAACCAUUUUUAGUGUUUCAAAUAGAUAUUGCAGUUAUGUAACAUGUAACUUGAGUCAAGUUAUUAUAGGCCAAAUAUUAUACUGGCUAGACUUUUUUACUUUCAACCUCCCGAAAAAAGUAUCAACUAGAUUCACUUACCUAUACUCCGGCCCACGAGAGUGCAUACGUAAACCGCGCAUUCAUAUAGUAAUACGUGACGUCUGUUUUCUCCCACCAUGAUGCCAUUCCCACUAUUCGGCAACGUGCCGAUGCGCAGUGACGGACGCGUUCUGACAUAUGGACUCUCGUGGGCCGCAGUAUACCAAAAAAGAUGCUAAUGUAAAAAAUAUGUACGCAUUUUUAUUGCACCAAAGGUGAUGACAGAAAAAAAAAUAAACAUCAUAAUAGAACAAAUAACGCUCCUCUCAGAAUCUAAAAUAAGAAAAUUUGUUAAGAUUUAAAAACUAUUAUUAAAACAAUUGUUUGACUCCCAAAAAUUUAGACCGUAUUUGCGUAGAUUGUCUUAAAUUUAUUUUAUAUAAAUGGGGAUGGAAAAUUAUUCGUUUGGUCAAAAAGCUUAAAAAUGUACCAUUAGGUUACUAACCUACCUAACCUGACGUCGUGAUGUAGAUACUAAAAUAUAAAUAUGACUACCACGUUAAACAAAUAUUAUCGUGAUCGGUAGCGAAAACGGUUUUGAAAAACAGCACAACGGCGUUUGGUUUAUUAAUUUAUUAUGGUGCAACAAAAUACCUAUGCAAAGAACGUGUUUUAAAAUCGUCCAGCUGAGACUAUCCAAACGUAUACUUAAGUUUUAUUUUUGUUAUAUUUUAUAACUCCUAUAAUAUUAACAAAUUAAAAUUUAAAUGGGAUUAAGAGCAAGAGGGGAGGGAUGAUUAUAAAUAUUAAAGAACAUACCUAUUCAUGUUCUAUAUACUGUAAUAAUUGGUGUAAUAGUCUGUAGAAACACGUGAUUAUAGUUGGACAGUUAUUAUAUCAUUCAGCAAUAUUAGUAUUGUUUUUUGAGUACGUCUAUACAAUGAUGAAAUUCGUUGGUUCGUCGUUGUUAAACUUGUGUUUUAGCUUAUAUCACCACCUUUCAUAAUUAAUAAUAAUUUAAACCCAUACAACUUAAUUUAUUAAUCCACGACUAUGAUAAGUAUAAUUGGUGAUUAUAACAGACUGAUAUUAAUUUACAUUAUGAAAAAAAAAAUUCACUAGGUAAUGUUUUAGUCGACAAAGAGCCACUGUAACGUGUGGUUUUGUUUCACGUUAAAGCGAUUAUUAUUAUUAUUAUUAUUAUUAUUUUUUUUUUUAUUAGUUUUUAACGAAUAUUUAUAUUGCGAAAUGUUUUUUAUUCUUUGAGUGCAUAUAUGACAAUAGGCGGGAGUUGAACUGCUGCAGUAAAAUGUUAAAUAUUAAAAAUGUGGUCAUCAUGAACGUCUAUAUAAUGUAAAAUAAUCUAUAAAAUAACAUUAUAAAAAGUCGACUGUUAUACGCAAUAACCACUUAUCAACAGUGUAUACCCGGCGAUUUGGGUGCUGUAACACCGUACGACCAGCGCUAUCGUCCAGCGACCAAUUAUUGCAUUGAUGCGUGACAACUGACAAGCAGUGCAUCACCGCACCGAGGAUAUAACACGCCAUCAUGGUGCAUACCGGAACUUGUGGCGACCGUCUACAACGAAUAUUGGUCGGCUAUUUGCCCAUACUGACAUGGAUGCCAAAGUACAAGAAAUCGGACUUGCUGUACGAUGCCGUGUCGGGUAUCACUGUCGCGCUCACGCUGAUGCCUCAAUCUAUAGCCUACGCGUCACUGGCGGGACUGGACCCACUUUUUGGAUUGUAUGCUGCAUGCUUCGGUAGCGUGAUGUACAUAAUAUUUGGAUCAGUACGUCAAAUUACUAUCGGCCCUACGUCCGUUAUUGCGUUGCUCACUUUCAACUACGUCAAUCCAGCGCUACCAGCCACGGCGGUUAUCCUCUGUUUUGUGUCAGGAAUGGUCGAGCUCGUCUGUGGACUUUUCCGCUUAGGAUUCGUCGUGGAAUUCGUAUCGAUGCCGGUGACUGGUGGAUUCAUAUCGGCUGCAGCUCUUCUCAUGGCUUCUUCACAAUUAAAAGGAUUAUUCGGUAUUUCUUUUCAUGCCAAAAACUGUUUGGAAAUGUGGAUAAAGUUGGUUGAAAACAUUGAACAUUUUCGAAUAGCAGACACCGCUAUGGGACUGACGUGUAUCUUCGUGCUGAUAGGAUUGAAGAGAUUAAAAUGCAUAAAAGUCAAUGCUAAAGGAAUGAAAGCAAAAUCUUAUUCGGUGUUAUUGUUUUUAUUGAACACUGGGAGCAAUGUACUCGUGGUCAUCGUAUCGUCGACCAUCGCAUAUUUUUCAAUCAGACAAGGCCAGUCACCAUUAGUAUUGACAGGUACCAUAGCUAGUGGCAUACCGCAAUUUAGAUUUCUGUUUUUGGACUACGAAAACGAAGACGAGAAGUUUACCUUUCUCGAAGGUUUGUCUAGGUUAUGGCCUGGUGCAAUAGUUGUACCGUUGGUGUCAAUUUUAAGCACAGUGUCCGUCGCUAAAGCAUUUAGCGGUGGAAGAGUCGUUGAUGCAUCACAAGAGAUGAUAGCUUUGGGAUUCUGUAAUAUUUUUGGCUCCUUUAUGGGAUCUAUGCCCGUUGCGGCUAGUAUGUCCAGGUCUGCUCUUAACCAUACAACAGGUGUCCGUACAACGUUAAGCUCAAUAUUUACAACUAUAUUGGUCAUGCUGUCGCUGUUCUUUUUGACACCACUUUUGCAUUACAUACCCAAGUCUAGUUUGUCCGCUGUACUCAUAUGUGCGGUGACUUCAAUGUUUCGAUACGACAUGGCGAUUUUGUUAUGGAAAACAAAUAGACGUGAUCUAAUACCGUUCACCAUCACAUUCAUCUCGUGUUUGAUACUCGACGUCGAGAUGGGACUCCUGGUCGGCAUCUGUGUCGACUUGCUCUGCGUACUAUAUCGCAGCGCCAGACCAUCGAUUUCCAUCGAAAAAGAAACUAACUCGGGUCACGUGAAAUGGGUGGUCAGGCCCAGCAGCGGUCUACUUUUCCCGGCGGUGGACUAUAUGCGACAGCGGAUCAUUGCCGAGAUGUCAUCUUCGGAACGUCCGAAUAAACCGAAUCUCAUAAUUGUGGAUUGCGUGCAUUUUGACAAAACCGACUUCACAGCCACCCAAGGAAUCAAAUCGUUGAUGAACGAACUGAAAUCCGAGUCAUGUCAACUCGAACUGAUGAACGCCAAGGAAUGUGUAGCAGAUAUACUGGAAACCACACUGAACAUUAAAAUCUUGUCUAUGGUUCCGCUUCAAGAUUCUAUUAAGAAAUUAAAUUUUAUUCAACCUGAUCUCAAUGGAAUUGAAUCAUUGACAUUUCACGAGAUGAAAAUGAAAGAUAUCUGUGAACAUAAAGCGUGAUAUUAUUACUUAGUUGUACGUAAUUUUACUUUUGUAUACCUACUGGCUACUAUACGUACCUAUUUAUAAAUAUUAUGUGAGUUAUUAUAUGUUUUUUACUACCUACUCUAAAUUGUUAACUGUAUAUUUAGGUAAAAUAUUCUUAAGAAUAUUAUUUAUAAACAUUAAACAAUGUAUAUUAUUAUAAAAUAUUGUG